UUUAAGAGAUUAAAACUCGGGAAACCGAAAACAGAUUAGCAAAAGAACGGCUAUUUUAGCUAGCUCGCAGGGUUAGCAAAAAAAAAAAAAAAAAAAAAACACGAGACGCUCGUUAGCAGGCUCGACCCCGCGCCAGAUUGCAUUAGCAAAAGUGGUCAACUCGAACCGAAACACAAACUACCGACGCUUUUAUACGCUUAAAACCACAAAAUUAACUACAGCAUAGCGAACACACGAAUUUGGCGUCGUGAAUUGUGCGACAAAUGGUAACAACAUUAACAAGGCCAGAGAGCAACACUAAUCGCCGCAUUUAGACUGACCCGACCGGGGUUUGGGAGACAAAUGCGCGGAUGACACAUUAACGAUAGGGUCGCUGAAUUUCCGAGGAGUUAGAUCAGAGACACAUUGGAGGUGUAGUUCGACCGACAAGAUCACACAUGGGUGAGACGUUUCUUCCCCCAGCAAUGCCUACAUUAUGUCCCAACGUCGUCAUCAAACAUGUUACUUGUGUGAUUACCUGGUGGUUUAAUCGUUGAAAUCGUCCUCUUUCAAACCUUUUGAUGUCAGGUACUCUGUUAAAUCUGUCUGCCGUACUCCUGAGUAGACGCUUAACAACAGUAGGGGAGAAGUAGGGAGUCCUUAUGUGUGUCGUCACCCAUGGUACAUUCAAUGACUCGCAGGAAGUGUGGAGUUUGGACACUCGAGGACUCACACCGUAUUUUUAUUUUUCAAUUUCACCGGGGCUUAAGUAUCUUGACUUCUAAAAUAAAUACAUUUGAUAUAGUUUAGUCUUGUUUAUUUAUUUAUUUUAAAAAGCGCUCAAAGCGCAAUAUGGUACUUGAGUGCACAAAAAUUGGAUAAUUUGGGAUCUACGUCAACGCAGCAACAGAGCAAACGCCGAGUUUGACUUGAACCAGCUUUGAAGAUUCUUGCAGCCAUCUGUUGGCCAAAAAAUGUAGUCAACGCUUGACUCGACAAGAAAACACAAAGAAAAAAAGAAUAAACACGAAGAAUCAAACAUUGGAGCAACACAGAUAAAGAUUCCUUCACAUGGGCGUGAUCUAUAGACUGUCUAAAGUUCAGUAAAGGAUAUUGUGCAACUCACUCGUUACUGUUUGAUUCAGAAACUCUUGAACUGUUUUUGGACGAGGCCGAUCAUGCAGAUCAACAUAAGGAUUUUGUUUGUUUACUUGGCAAUCACGCUUAGCUUUUCCAGCUGUUUUCUCAACAAAGGCAGUCAAAGUAUCCCAAAAAUUGCCAAAUAUUUCGGCACGAAAGGGCGCUAUGAGGAGGUCAACCCCUAUCUUUUAGAGGACAUCUUGGCCGUCAACAAGUCCGUCCUGCGGCCUCCGUCCUCGCAAUGUCGUCCUGUUCAUCUGACUGCUAUCGUAAGACACGGCACCAGAUACCCGACGAGCAACAUCUUCAAGCACAUGCAAAAGUUGUACGCGGCGGUGAAAAGCGCCACUCCCGGGAAAGAAAGUUGGGUGUGUGAUAUCCAGAGUCAUUGGCGGAUGUGGUACCCCGAGGACACGGACGGUCGCUUGGCCCACAAAGGUGUGGACGAUCACAAACAUCUGGCGGUCAGGUUGGCCAAGCUUUUCCCCUUGCUGCUUUCUGAGGAAAACCUUCGAGGGGGAUUCAUCAAGUUUAUGAGCAGUUCUAAGCACAGGUGCAUCAACAGUACUCGCUCUUUUAUGGCCGGCCUGACAGAGCUGUGGAAUAUUCAAGAUCAGACAUUUGACUUGGAGGUAAACGACGCACUCAUGAAACAUUUCAGCCUGUGCACCAAAUUUGUGAAGGAUGUCGUCGAGAACCCCUCGGCCUUAUCGGAGGUCGACAAGUUCAAAGCAGGGCCCGAGAUGAAGAGGGUGCGGGAGAAGAUGGCCAAACAACUCACAGUCCCUUAUCAAAACAUCACAGCUGACAUGAUUGAUGCUGCUAUGAACUUUUGCGCUUAUGAGUUGGCCAUCAAGAACGUCAACUCUCCUUGGUGCGAGUCUUUGGACAAAGUCGAUGCUCAGAUAGUGGAGUAUGCUAACGACUUGAGGCAAUUCUGGAAGCGAGGCUAUGGUCAUAAAGUUAACAGAAUGUCCAGCUGUAUUCUCUUCCACGACGUGUUCAGUCGACUGGACAAAGCGGCUAGCCAGAGCAUGUCCGGCCAGAAGGUAACUGAAGCGGUGACAAUCCAAGUUGGCCACGGAGAGACCCUCCUCCCACUGUACACCCUUCUGGGCUUCUUUAAAGAUCAACAACCCUUGACAUCAACCAACUACGCAUUGCAACAUCAACGCGCUUUUCGCCCUAGCCUCACGCUACCGUACACGGCUAACCUGCUACUUGUGCUGUACGACUGUGGGCGAGGAGACUUCAGGUUGCAACCGCUCAUCAAUGAGAAACCGGUGACCUUCCCUGGUUUGACAGAGCGUCGGCCGGCAAACAUGCCAAUGUAUGAGGACGUCAAGGAACACUACAGGGAACUAAUCGGAGGCUGUGACUUCGAGAAGGAGUGUGAACUGUUCACUAGACAAAGUCAAUUUUCAAUCAAGGAUGCUUUGUAGAGGAUGCCAUCUCUUACAAAAGAAAACUGUUACACAAGUAGAAAUGUGUUGAAAGAACUGGGUGAUACAGGAAUAGGAAUAGUAUUGUAAUAGGAAUCAUAUUGUUCAUUACUAGUAGCUACACAUUUUUAUUGCCUUACCUCUUGUCAUGAAGUGUAAAGUCAUUUUUUCCCAUGACCAGCCUUGCCCCAAAAUAGGAAUUUUUGUAAAGUGUAUUUUAAUGAGGACAAAUAUCAAUUAACUUUAUAAAAACUUUUUUU